AAGCCAACAAACAGCCCAAAGAGAAGAAGGCACCACCUUCCUUCCCCUCGCUGCUCGCUCCUCGUGACACCAAAGCCAGCCCAGAGCGAGAGAGAGAGGGACACGCACACAGAUGGCGAUGCGGAUGCCGACGACGGCGGUGGCCGUGCUGCUCGUGGCGGCGGCGGCCAGCCUGCUGGCUUCGGGGGCGGCGGCGCAGACAGCCGGCACGCCGGCGUGCGCGUCGAAGCUGGUGGCGUGCGGCCCGUACAUGAACGGGACGGACGCGGAGAAGCCGCCGGACACCUGCUGCGACCCGCUCAAGGAAGCCGUGAAGAACGAGCUGCCGUGCCUCUGCGCGCUCUACGCGAUGCCGGAGAUCUUCAAGGCCUUCAACAUCAAACUCAGCGACGCCCUCCGCCUCUCCAAGCGCUGCGGCGUCAGCGACACCACCAGCAGCUGCCCCAGCACCUCUCCUACGAGAUCCCCUCCAGGUUCUCCGUCAGGCGGCAAGAAUGCCGGUCACCGUGGUAUCUCUGUCAGCUUCGCUGGGCUGAUGAGCCUGUUCCUGGUUGUGUGGUCUGUGUUGGCAUAGAAGUUCGGCAUGCUAAAGAUCGUCUUCUUUCUAUAUGGUACUAGAUGAGUUGCAGCUAUUGGUAUUCUUGGUGAUGUUAUCGUUAUGUGUUUCACCAGCAUUUGUUUUGCUGUGUAUUGAUGCUGUCAGUCAGUAGACUCUGUGAAUAAGAAUUUCCGCACUGCGUGUGCUCGUUUGAGAGUUUGAGACCUGGAGUUAACCAUCAGAGCAAAGGCCAGAGGGCAAGAUGUGAAACCUAUUUUACGUUCA